AGUUUAUAUACCUGCCCACAUAACUUUUGCUUGACUUAAGCUUAAGUACGCUUUAGAAAUUUCUAACUAUUUGUGGAAUGUCUGUUGCACUAUAAGCAAUAAGCAUACAAGAAAUUUAGUGAGCUAAAUAUCUCGUUUAGUGCCGUUGCAUUGCGAAUAAUUUUUGUUUGUUUACAUUAUUUUCUUAUCAAAUUCGCGUGGGAAGGCGUGUGAAUAAACAACUUUGACAACAUGCAGUCUGUGUUAGCUUGUUUACUGUUUUUUACGUUUUGGAGUUUAUCGUCGUGUUCACGGUCGGGAAUUUAUAUAGAUAAUGGUUUUGAUCAAACAGCCAUAGAGAGGACCAUGACCAGAGAUGAAAAACGGGAAAUAGAAUUAGAGAUAUUGAGUCUUUUAGGCUUACCUAAGAGACCAAGGACAAUAAGUAAGAAUCCGCUGAAAAGGUCAGCCCCGAGAUUCUUGUUAGAUAUUUAUAAAACUCUGAUGAAUCCGGAGAACGAAGACGAUCAAAGGUCUAAAAGAAGUGUUGAUGUUUAUUUAAGUGGAGAAGAACAAUACCAAAUAGACGAGAGUGAUAUUAUUAUGACUUUUGAAAGUGCAAAUGACCAUGUUCCAAAUGUAAGACAUGAACGGGGUAAACGACUUUGGUUCAACGCUAGCGAUGUACCAGUAGCUGAAGAUGUUGUUGGAGCUGAAUUAAGAAUUUACAAAGGUAAUGGAAAGGACAUGAAAAAUUUAGAUGCAGUUUAUACUAUAACAGUGUAUCAACUUAUAAAGACAGAUGAAGGAGACAAAGAAUUAGAGUACAUAUCAGCCACUAAUGUCACAGCUGGAUUUACAGGAUGGAUUAGCUUGAAUUUAACUAGAUGUCUAGCCACGUGGGUGGCAUUUCCUAAUCUCAACAAAGGCCUUUACCUGUCAGUGCAUCCAGUCAGUAGACCAGGCCAUGAAGUCAGACCAGAAGAUAUAGGAGUCGUAACUGUAAAAGCUGAAGAUGAACAACAACCAUUUAUGGUAGCUUUUCUUAGAGCAGCUAACAAUAUCAAGCCGAGGGUAACCAGAGAGACUAGAACCAAAAAGGAUACAUUCAAUAGUGUUAUGACUGGAUAUUCAAAAGUUAAAAAUGAAAAUAGACAAGAUCUACGAAGAAGUUGUCGCAUUGAAACCUUGUACAUCAAUUUCAAGGAUCUAUCUUGGACAGAUUGGAUAAUAGCUCCAGAUGGCUAUCCCGCCUUUUACUGCGCCGGAGAAUGCAAUUUUCCUCUAAAUGCUCACAUGAAUGCCACCAACCAUGCAAUCGUCCAGACAUUGGUCCACCUGAUGAACCCUUUGAGAUUCCCGAAACCGUGUUGCGCACCAACAAGGUUAAAUCCAAUCUCAGUUUUAUAUUACUUAGAUGAUCACAAUGUUAUACUCAAGAAGUACAAAAAGAUGGUGGUAAAAAGCUGUGGUUGUCAUUAAAUGAUUUUUUUUAUAUCAUUGUACAUAUAUGUAUAUUUGUUUUAUAUAAUAUAACAUUCAGCAUGCUUAGUUUAAGAAAAUAAGGUAAUGAACAAGUGCCAAAUACUGUAUCGACAUUUUUUUAAAUACACACAUUAUUAACUUUUA